GCAGCUUUUGUUCCUCUCCAACAGUUCGCAUCAACUUUCUCACAUCCCUACUUUCACAAUCAAUUUCUGGAAACAAAAACAGCAGCCUGCAAUUUCCACGGGAGACGACAAUAUUUGACUUUACAAACAAAGAAUUCUCACGUCUGAUUCGAGACAAUGGCGGGUUACGACGACGACGAUUCGUACGAGCGAGAGUCUCAUUCAUACGACGCGAAGAAACGCAAAAGAUCACAAUCGCCCUCGAGAAACGGCAAUUCCUCACGAAGAGGCAACAAGCGCGAGGAUGGAACCGAUGAACUCCCCCAACCCUACAAUGCGAAGGAGCUUCAGCCCGCUAAGCGCCGAGCCGUCUCUCCCUCUGAACAGCCUCGCAAGCAGAAGCGACCAGGUGCCCGCGCUCGCAUAUCCGAGUCCGAAAGAGAGGCCAUCCGCCAGAGAGCACUCGACAGGGAGAAGGAGUUGGAAGCUGCGGCUCACGCUGCAGCUGAGCGCCAGCGCGGCACCAACAACGAUGUUGUCACGCAGCAUUACAACAGUGUACCAGAGCGCGGUAGAGACUGGAGACGAACCGACAGCAAGAUCAAGGGCCUGCGCGCCUUCAAUAACUGGAUCAAGAGUUGCAUCAUUCAGAAGUUCUCGCCAGAUGAAGACUACACCCCGGGCUCUCGCGAGCCGGGCGCAAAGGAGCUCCUCGUGCUCGACGUCGGUUGUGGAAAGGGAGGUGACCUUGGCAAAUGGCAGCAAGCACCUCAAUCAGUAGAGCUCUACGUCGGUCUCGAUCCUGCGGAUAUCAGCAUUGACCAGGCUCGAGAGCGUUACCGCCAGAUGGGCAGCCGCGGAGGCGGUGGCAGGGGCGGUAGAGGAGGAUACAGACGGCCACCUCCUCGGCUUUUCGAGGCACGCUUCCAGGUCAAGGACUGCUACGGCGAGAACAUUGAGGAUGUCGAGAUCAUCAGACAAGUCGGAUUCGACACCAGUCCUCUCAGCCGACGCGGAUUCGACGUCGUGAGCAUGAUGUUCUGCAUGCACUAUGCCUUCGAGACGGAGCAGAAGGCUCGGACCAUGCUGCGCAACGUGGCAGGCUCAUUGAAGAAGGGAGGUCGCUUGAUCGGUUGUAUUCCCAACUCUGACGUCCUUGGUGACCACGUUCGCAAGUUCAACGAGCAACAGGAAGAGAAAAAGAAGAAGGCCGCAGAGGAACCGCCGCAAGAAGCAGAGGAGGGCGAAUUGGAAGAUGGCGAGGCAUAUCAGUCGGCAGAGUGGGGCAAUUCCAUCUACCGAGUCCGAUUCCCAGGCAAGACACCUGCAGAUGGCGUCUUCCGCCCCGCGUUCGGUUGGAAGUACAACUUCUUCCUAGACGAAGCUGUCGAAGAGGUCCCCGAGUAUGUCGUGCCGUGGGAAGUCCUCAGAGCUCUUGCUGAAGACUACAACCUCGAGUUGCAGUAUCACAAGACCUUCAUGGAGAUUUGGGACGCGGAGAAGGACGAUGAGACUUUGGGUCCUUUGAGUGAGAGAAUGGGGGUUCGGGAACGUGGCGGUGGACGUCUCCUUGUUUCCCCGGAGGAGUUGGAGGCGGCGAGCUUCUACACUGCUUUCUGCUUCUACAAGGUCUAGACAAGGG